CGCACGCGCCUCUGCGUCCCUCCACCACAGCCCGCCGUCUCUCCUGCCACUUCAGCGCCGCCGCCGAGUGCCUCUUCACUUGACGCCGCCGCCGCCGUCCUCGCUGCGCCCAAGCUGCACGCCCACCCGUCCAGUGUACGCGCUGAGAACUGACCUCUGCGUCUGCUGCAUCCUGUCGCUUACGUCCGUGCCUUCUGGCCGUUCCUUUCUUUCGCUCCUGCCACACACUCGACGCCAUGUCAGCGCCCAGCAAGCGCCCUUACUCGCCGCCGCCGCCGCCGCCGGGCAGAGAUGAGCACCGCCACGUGAGACCGCGCGAGGAGGAGCGCCGAGGCGGCGACCGCAGCUACCGCGCGCGUGAUGAGCCGGACCGCCGCUCGGCAGCCGGCGCAGGAGGGCACAGCAGGGACCGGGACCGCUCUCGCUCCGGCGACUAUCGCUCUGGGCGCUACGAGGAGAGCCGCUCGCGCCAGCACUCGGGCCGUCGCGACGAUCCGCGUGCUCCAGCCGACUACUCUGAUCGCGCGCUGAGCUAUGGUGAGCGCAGAGGCGAGCAGCGCACCGCAGAUGACCACCGCUCCGAGAGGCGCCACGGUAGCGAGCGAGACGCGGCGCGCUCUUCGCGCGAGAGGCAGAACGACUCUGCCUCGCACCACGAUCGGCGGCGCGACGAUCACAGGUCUGUUGACCGAUCUUCGCGGCAUGAGAGCCCUGCGCCACCCCUCAAGUCGGCGAUGAAGAAGCGAGAGCGCACGCCCGAGGCCGAGUUCGAGCUGGAGCCAGACGAGCAGGAGAUGGCGCGCAUCAUCGAGGAGCGCCGCCGCCGCCGUGCCGCCAUCCUGCUCAAGCACACGGGCACAGAGAGCACCGAUCGCAGCACUGCUGCCGGUACGCCAGCGCCCGGCGCGGCGCUGAGUGCAGCCGGCAGCACGGCGGGCAGCGUACGUGGCUCGGUCGAACCUCGCGCACGGACACGCUCCGUGUCGCCGGUCGAGCUCGCGCCGGAACAGGGCGACUUUGCUCUGGCCAAGACCGACGGCACCAUGACGCCUCCGCAGGGCGGAGCAGAGAACAAUAUCUCUGCCGCGGACUACAACCCGGACCUCGACCGGCUCGAGGACGAGGAGCGGGCGCGGCAGCGUGCACAGAAGGGUCAGCCGCAAGGCACUGACGAGCUGGCGGCCGGCACUGGCGAGGCCAAGGAGCGCAUCGAGGGUGACGAGAGCGAGUGGGAGGAGGUCGAGGUGGAGGAGGAUGACGAGGUCGAGGACAUGUUCGCGCUUGGCAGCGACGACGAGGACGCGCCCAAAAAGAAGAAGACGAUCCGCGUGCGCAAGGGCACUGCUCGUCCAGGCGCGGUGAGUCUGCUGUAGUGGCCGACACGCACCAUCUGCUCACACUCUUCCACAGCUCAACGCCGCCGCCGACGCGCCUGCGACGCUGACCGACAACUGGGACG